GCCGGAGCCUCGGUGUUCACAAUGAAAAGUUUGCCACGCUCAUUUGGGCCAACUACGAUUCUGAACUGAAGCCCUUUCUGGUUUACGAUUUUGCCGCGGCUGUGGCUGCUGGCAGGCCAGCCUCCUUCCUCCUCCAGCUUCCCGCUCCGAGAGCUAAGGUCAUCUACUCCCCUGGGACAGACUGAAACCAGGCAGCAUCAGCUGACUGCCAGCAAGUUGCUAGGUCAACAGUGUGUGAGAUGGGACGGACAUCGAAGGACAAGCGAGAUGUCUACUACCGCCUAGCCAAGGAGAAUGGCUGGCGGGCCCGAAGUGCCUUCAAGCUGCUACAGCUUGAUGAGGAAUUUCAGCUCUUUCAAGGCGUGACACGGGCAGUUGACCUAUGUGCAGCCCCUGGCAGUUGGAGCCAGGUAUUGAGCCGGAAAAUUGGGAGCCAGGGAUCCGGCCAAGUGGUGGCUGUGGACUUGCAAGCUAUGGCUCCCCUUACAGGUGUGAUACAGAUCCAAGGGGACAUCACUCAGCUUUCCACCGCCAAGGAGAUUAUCCAGCACUUUGAGGGCUGCCCUGCUGACCUAGUGGUGUGCGAUGGGGCUCCUGAUGUCACUGGCCUCCAUGAUGUUGAUGAGUACAUGCAGGCUCAGCUCCUCCUAGCCGCACUAAAUAUUGCUACACAUGUCUUGAAGCCAGGUGGCUGCUUUGUGGCCAAGAUAUUCCGAGGCCGGGAUGUGACACUGCUCUACAGCCAGCUGCGUAUCUUCUUUGCCAAUGUGCUCUGUGCCAAGCCCAGGAGUAGCCGGAACUCCAGCAUUGAGGCCUUCGCUGUCUGUAGGGGUUAUGACCCUCCUGAGGGCUUCGUGGCAGACCUGGCCAAACCCCUGCUGGACCACUCAUACGAUUCAGACUUCAACCAGUUGAAUGGUCCCACUCGCUUUAUUGUGCCUUUUGUGACCUGUGGGGACCUGAGCGCCUACGACUCAGACUGCAGUUACUCUUUGGAUCUCAAGGAUGGCUCCAAAUAUGAGUACACUCCACCCACACAGCCCCCCAUUUCACCCCCGUACCAGGAGGCCUGCAUAUUGAAGAAGAAGGGGCGGCUGGCCAAGGAGGUCCAUACCCAGAACUGUGCUGUCAGCAAAGUAGAUCAGCCCGUCCCUUACCACCACACCGUCCUGGCUCCUAAGGAACCAGCAUAGACAGAAGUGGAAGAACAAAUAUGAAAAGAAGUAGCUGAGAAGCAGGCAUUGCUGUUGGCUACGCCUGUAAUCCCAGCUACUCAGGAGAAUUAAGAGCUGGAGGAUGGAAGUUUGAAG